AUGGGAAUUGAUGGUGGAGAUGAGAUUACCGAAGAACAAGAAUUGCUACAGCAAAUUCAAGAACUUAGCCUAGAGGGACAGGUGGAAGACUUGGAUGAAUCAGACUCAGAUAAAAUAAAAAUACACGAGUAUGUAUACUAAUGUGUUGUAUUCAACCGUAGGAAUGCAUUGGCAAAAAAGGCGAGCGGGGGCGGGGGGGUGAUUAAUCUACGAGCAGGCGUUUUUUUCUGGGAGGGGGAGAGCGACGGGCAAAUAGUAAUGUAAAUAAUAAUAAUAAUAAUAUAAAAAGUUAUUAUUCAUUCAAAAUAUUUCGCCGUUUCGCCCAAAGUCUCAGGUUAAUUCUUCUUAACUGUAUUAUGAGAAUGAAUUCGGCUCAGUUCGUAUCAUGUGAAGAAUUGUGCAGAUAUCAGAGGCUGUUAUCCACAUCAGGGAUCUUACAUCUUAUCUUACACGUCUUCACAUCUUACUCGGCCUCACUAAAAAAUUGCUAAUUAAAAUGCCAAACAGUAUCGAUAAAAUAUCUUGUAUACCGUGCAUAUCAUGGAUAUCAUUGACACCUUGAAUUUAGCUGACACAAGCCUCAGUGAAAACGAACCUAGAUCAAGUGAACACUUUUGGAGUCUUAUACGGGAAUAAGAUAAUUUUGCGGGCACAAUCCUGUCCUGGAAACUGGAUAUCGCACAACCUCAAUACCGUGCGUGGCUUGCCUGGUAUACGAUUAUUUUAAACGGGUUUCGAUUAAUUAAUGUUUUAAUAAUUUAUUUCAGAGGAACAAUCACCAGUGAAGAUACCCAUUGGGCCCUUAAACGAGGGAGCGCCCACGUUUUCUUUCCCCCUAACGCUGUGUCUCAGCCCACAUCAAUAGUGGCCCACAGGUGGAAAUUCAGUGCACGUUCUCCCCCACUGCAAGAGCACGAGUCAGUUGUCAGUAAUGUUAUUGAGAUAUCAACCACCAGUGGCGAUGAACUGAAAUUCGACGCCAAAGUGAAGCUGGUUCUUUCUCACAGUGCGCCUGAUUUGCGGGGCUACGAACUAGUGAUAAAGAAGCUGAUCGAUUGGGAAAGCAAUGAAUGGGAAGAAGUGGAUGGAACUAAGGCCUUACAGUGUCUUAAAGGUUUGGAAACUGAUGCUUUUUGA